UGCGUUGCGCGCUCCCGCCUCUCUGACAUUCCGCCUGCCCUCACGUGCUGUCUGUGUAUAAAAGGGUCCCGGUGUCCGCUCAUCAUGUCCUCAGAGUCACCAGACAAACGGCGAAAGAUGGAGUCAGCGCUCAACCAGCUGAAGAAAUACACCGUGGUGGUGGCAGACACCGGAGACUUUAACGCCAUUGACGAGUACAAGCCUCAGGAUGCCACCACGAACCCAUCUCUUAUUCUGGCUGCUGCCAAGAUGCCGGCCUACCAGCACUUGUUGGAUCAGGCCAUUAAAUUCGGCAUCGCCAAAGGAGGAUCUGAAGACGAGCAGGUGGCCAACACCAUGGAUAAGCUGUUUGUGAGUUUUGGGCUAGAGAUCCUGAAGAAGGUCCCAGGCCGAGUCUCUACUGAGGUUGAUGCCAGACUCUCUUUCGAUAAAGAUGAAAUGGUUGCCAAGGCCCUGAGGCUCAUCGCUCUGUAUGAGGAGGCCGGCAUCAGCAAGGAGCGAGUGCUUAUCAAGCUGUCAUCCACAUGGGAGGGAAUCCAGGCUGGCAGGGAGCUCGAGGAGAAGCACGGUGUCCACUGCAACAUGACCCUGCUGUUCUCUUUUGCUCAGGCUGUGGCUUGUGCAGAAGCAAAUGUCACGCUCAUAUCCCCCUUCGUUGGACGCAUCUUCGACUGGUACAAGGAGAACACAGACCGCAAAAGCUACGAGCCGCAUGAAGACCCAGGUGUGUUGAGUGUGACCAAGAUUUACAACUACUACAAGAAGUUUGGCUACAGCACCGUGGUGAUGGGCGCCUCCUUCAGGAACACGGGGCAGGUGAAGGCGCUGGCGGGCUGUGACCUGCUCACCAUCUCCCCUGGGCUGCUGGCUGAGCUCAGCGAGGACCACAGCACCAUCAAGGAGCUGCUCAAAGUGGAGAACGCCAAGGCCUGUGAUCUGGAGAAGAUCCACCUGGACGAGAAGGAUUUCCGCUGGCAGCACAACGAGGACCGCAUGGCCGUGGAGAAACUGUCUGACGGCAUCCGCAAGUUCGCUGCUGAUGCCAUCAAGCUGGAGACCAUGAUCAAAGAGAAAAUGCUCAAUGUGAAAAAUGGGCAAUAAUUAUCAGGUUUGAAGUCUCCAGCCGCUUUGACAUGACGUAUAAGGAGUCAGCAGGCUGCCUUCUGUUUCAAACUGCCUGAGAGAAGGUCCAAAGCACCAGAAGGCCUUCCUUCUCCUCAUCUGACCAAACUCCAGGGACCUUUUCCUCUCCUAGGCUCCCCAGAUUAACUCUGUUUGUUUUCUGACCAAACAUUAAUUGUGAUAGAUGCUAAUGUGAGUGUGGAGCUGCUGUAAAAUAGUCUUAAUAUUUGGUAGAAAUUUGACCAGAAAAGGGAAAAACUUGUCUUAAAGAAAGAAGUGGUCUUGCUGAGUUAAUAUCAUGUGACUUAUAAAGGAUCAUGAGCACUUUCUGGCAAGAAAGGACCACAAAUGUUUUUCUAUAAAAGCUAUUUGGACAAGAGGCAGAACUGUCAUUCCUCAGAAUAUAAUCUUUUGCUCUUUCAAUAAAUAAAAACUUCAGUCAUUAAA